ACACUUGCCUCACGCGGCACUAGCAUGGGGUUGAGACUGGGUGGAGCUAUCGACCCAGUGACAGCCAAUGGGGGCUCGCGGAAGGUAGAUACUGACCUACUUUGGACCAAUGGCGUCGGCUCUGCUGCCCAUCGCAAGCACUCCCGCGUGCAUGGGCCAUGUGCUGGCUCUGAGAGUAGAGGAGUUGAUGUUAAGGUAGUGAGCGACUAUAUUUCUGUCGGCCAAAACACGAACACUCACGUUUCUGGCAUCGUUUGGAUACAGCAGCUACAACGAUAACAGGCUACACCAUGAAUAUCUGUAGACCGCAUAUGAAGAGGAAAUGCUGAUUUAAUUUACUGCUGAAGCUCCAGGACAGUCGUUCCAGCAACCAAGACCUCAAACGCACAUCAGGAAACCAUGUCCAGGCCACUCACGCAGCUCUUACCGCCGGACCUACCAGCUGGUGCGAGCCCACAGUUCGGAACCGCCAACCCGUCCGUCAACACCCCCAACGGCCAUCCGAACUCCAUGGCGAGCCUAAAGACCCUACUUCAGCUGCCAAUCAAAGCUGACCAGCGAGGGAAAGACUGCUGCGAAAUUAAAGACAAGGACAAGCCCAUGGACUCUGACGAGGACUCCCUGGGCGCGGGGGGCAUGAACGGUGGCGGCGGCGGCGGGGGCAUGAACGGUGGCGUGAACGGUGGCAUGAACGGUGGAGGGGGCACCAUGGGCUCCUCCAUGCGCGCCGCCGGCUCCCAGUCGGCCUUCCUGGGCCCGCUGCUGUGGGAGCGCACGCUGCCCUGCGACAGCGGCCUCUUCCAGCUGCAGUACAUGGACCUGGAGGAGUUCCUGACGGAGAACGGCAUGGGCUGCAUGCCCUCGGGCGGCGGCGGCGGCGGCAUUGGCUCCAACUCGGGCACCAGCGCCAGUGCCCAGAUCCCCACGCAGAGCCCGCAGUCGGCCGUGCCCAGCCAGAGCUCGCAGUGCACCUCCUCCGUGCCCGGUGGUGGGGUGGUGUCGUCAUCGGGCGGCGGGGGCGGCAUCUCCUCCUCCUCUUCUUCCUCUUCUUCUUCCUCCUCCUCGGUGUCCGUCUCGCCCCCGCCCUGCUCCUCGGCCUCCUCCAUCUCCUCCAUGUCCUCCUCCAUGUCCUCCUCCUCCUCCUCCUCCUCCCUGCUCGGCCUGGACUCCAUGCCCUCGCACCCGCAGCCGCCACCGCCGCAAGGCAUGAUGGGAGGCCCCGAGUGCCUAAACGGAGGCCAGGCCGUGCCCCCGGAGCCGUCCUCCUCCUCGUCCUCGUCCUGUCCGCCGCCGCCCGGCCCGCUCAGCAACGGCGCCAACGACGUCAUGGUGAACUUUGACCCCGACCCCGCGGACCUGGCGCUGUCCAGCGUGCCGGGCCAGGAGGCCUUCGACCCGCGCCGCCACCGCUUCUCGGACGAGGAGCUCAAGCCGCAGCCCAUGAUCAAGAAGGCCCGCAAGAUGCUGGUGCCCCAGGAGCAGAAGGACGAGAAGUACUGGAGCCGGCGGGUGAAGAACAACGAGGCGGCCAAGCGUUCGCGCGACGCGCGGCGGCUGAAGGAGAACCAGAUCUCGGUGCGCGCCGCCUUCCUGGAGCGCGAGAACGCCGCCCUCCGCCAGGAGGUGGCCGACAUGCGCAAGGAGCUGGGCCGCUGCCGCAACAUCCUCAGCAAGUACGAGACGCGCCACGGAGACCUGUGAGGACGCCAAGAAGAGGAGAGGAGAAGAAGAGAUGGAGGGAGAGAGAUAGAGAGGAAGAGAGACAUUUUUAAAAGGGGCUACUGGAGUAGAGAUGGAGGAGGGAAGCCAACAAGCAAACCGACAAAAAGACAAAAACAUUUAGCACUUCAGGAAUGCAGGGGGCCGCUUGGUCGUGUUUUUAGUAGAAGAAGAAUGAGGAUGGGAAGAGAGAGAGAUUUUUAAAAGUGGCUUAUAUGGGAGUUGGAUGGAGAAGAUAAGCCAACAGACAAAAACAAAAACAUUUAGCACUUCAGGAAUUGCAAGGCGGGAGGUGGUGGUUGGUCAUGGUCUAGCGCCCCCCUGUGGUGUGGGGCUUAGAGGUAUACAUGAUAACCACGUGUAUAGGAGCAGGCUCUUGGGUGAUAACGUUAGCACUUGCAAACACUUACCCUUCCCUGCACUGCCCCCCUCCUCUCCCUCCCCGAAACGUAGUUCCUCUCCCCCGGAACCCUCACAACAAGGUCCUGAACAUUUAUAGAACCCUGUCUCACCAGUUUAAGAGGGAGGGAUGGAGAGAGAGAUAGAAAUAGAGGGAGGGAUGGAGUAAGGCAGGGAUGGGUGCAAAACGCCACAUCAGGGGCACCUGAACUCUAUGCCAGUCUUAUACACACAGCUUCACAACCUCACCCCAGCACCAAGAGGACGACACACACACACAUGAAAAACUAAAAACACAACACACACAUGGGCGAGCGAGAGUUAGCAGUGGAGCUAUAUAACUGUAUACACAAGUCUUUACACGAGACGAAGCUAAGGCCAAGGGGACACAGAUGUAAUUCUCUUUUUUUAGUCUAUUGCAACACACCCACACACACACACAUACACAUACACAUACACACACACACACACACACACACAUACACAUACACAUACACACACACACACACACACACACACACACACACACACAACGAAAAGGCUAAUUAUUACGCAAAUAUAAUAAAGUAAAUAAAUACUUGUAUAUUUUUGAACUGGGGGCAGGAAGGCGAGGUCCAAGCAUCUUAUCGGAGUUAGAAGGAAGAGGGAGGAGGAGGUGGAGGGUUAAGAUGAUUUUAGGAGGAGAGCCAUGAGAUUUUGACUACGCAUAGGAAAACUGUAUAUUUUUAUAUGUUGUGGAUUCAGACAGGUGACAAAGAUUUUGGAAAAUAAUCUUUUGUAUAUUUUCUAUCUAUAUUAGUGGGGGUGGGGGUGGGGCAACAGUUGUGGGGGAACGGGCACAGGUGUUUAUGGGGUUGUUGUCGUUGUGUGGCUGCGCUGUGUGUGCUGGCUGCAAACCGCGAGGGCUAACCAGUACCAGAGGAGUUUUAUUACAACACAAAAUCUUAGAAAAUCCAGGAGUAUUUCUCAGAUCUCUUUUUAAAAAUAUAAACGGUCAGACUGGCUUUAGUGGGGUUCAGGGACGAAGAUGAGGCGGCUUUGAGGUUUUUCUUUUUAUUUCUCUUUGUUUUUGUUUUUUCGUUGUAUUUUUUUCUCUCUUUUUGGAUAAGAAUGUAAAAGACCUUUUAAUCAGGGGCAACGUGCAGGUGGUAGAGGCGAUGAAAGGUGUGGGAACGAUUAUUAUGUUAUAAAUAUAUAAAUAUUAUAAAUAUUAUACUUUUUGUUUUUUGUUUCUUUUCUCUCACCGAGAAAUGAUGGGGAACGAGAAGCAACAGAAAAGGACAGAAAGAUGACAUGAAAAUUUGUGUAUAGUUUUCAUUUUGUUUUCGUUGUUUCUCUUCUCUUUAUUGUGAGUUUCAUUCAAGCACUUAAUUUUGACCUCUUCUUCUCUUUGAUUCCUGUUUUUCUUGAGCUUAAUAUAUGUGUGUAUGUCUCAAGCCUGGGUGACUAGAAGAGAAAAACCGCCAAGAGGUGAAGAGAGGCCCGUCAUGUACCAUGUUUGUUUCUUUUCUUGUCAUUUUACACACGUACCGUACUCACCAGAGACUUUUGUUCCAUGUAUAUACUGAAAUGCUUGAAGAAAGUAUGGCUGUAAAGGAACUUACAUACACACACAUACACACACACACACACACACACAUACAUACAUACAGUACUUAAUCAUACCAUUCUCAUCUAUACACUCAUAUACCAACAUAAGCUCGACCUUGGCGAUUCUCUUGAUGGUCAGUAUGAAGACUACGCACAAAUAGACUUUGACAUGGAGUCUGACCACUCCUGCACUCUGCAUCUUGUCACACACACACACACACACAUACACGGGAGCUCUCUCUUACCCUCUUGCUGCGUUAAUCGGAGGCGUAAAGAAGUGUCACAUUGAGAGUCAGAGUUUUAGAUUUUGUUUUGGUCACCCAGGCAAUGUUGGCAGUGAAUGAGUUGACUGCAUGUGUGUUUCCCACCACAAACCUCUCUCUUGCGACUGUUCUUAUAUAUUAUGUCCACUACAUGGUGCUCACAAUACCCACUCUCACUACCUGAGACACAACUAGACAUGAUGCACACAAAACAUACACAUACACAGUCACACACACACACACAUACGACUCACAGUACUGAACUGCCUAUAUAUUGAUUCACCUUGUUUAUCUCUUUUUUUUUCCUUUUUUGUAUAGAAAUGGUUCUUAGACCUACACCACAAUGGUAUGUCUAAACCUCUCCACAAAAAUUGAUCCCACAUGGAACAUCCCUAAUUCUACUGUACCAUACGGAAAAAUAAAUGUACUAUUGAAUAUUAAAAAUAACUAUUUCUCACUAGA